CAAAUCGCAUCUUUCCGAAACCAAGAAACAACAGUUUGCAGAUCCGGACGGAUCGCAGAAGUUGCAGUUGUCCUGAGAAGAAGAAACCUUCUAGGCAGACACUUCUCAAAUUCGGGUGAUCCCGCCGGAUAUGUACAAGAAGAGAUGAACCCGUGACUCGACGCUAAUCCCGAGUUGCAAGUUGCGCGUUGCUGCCUCAAUUUGGCCACUAAGGGUCCAGGGGUCGUUGACGACAAGGCAAAUGUGCCCCUGGACAAAGUUCGGAUGGCGAUGGCCUCGACUUUUUCCUAUUUAACCCGUGCUGCUCCUGACCGCUCAACGGACUGAUAGCCUCUGCCUCUGUGCUUCAUUUGGCCAAAAAAGCAACUCGAAAAUCGGACGCCCCUUUUGAGACUUCCAGACCUCCCUCGGUUAACCAACCAGCGUACGGCAAUGUCAUCUAAUACCCAAGAAGACAACCUCCCAGCACCAACGUUCGAGGGCCGCCUCAAGCUCGAGACCUUCAUGUUCAACGGUGACACAGCGGCCGGCGGGCCGCGGCGGAGCCCACGCUUCUCUGCCACACCUUCUGCAGAAACCGCCACACCCCCAGUGGCAGCACCAGCCCGAGCCUCUCGCGGUCCAUCCAAGCGCAAAGCGCCUGGCGACGACAACAACAACGCCAAUGACAACGGUGAUACCGACACCACACUUAAACCCCCCUCCAAAUCCACACCCAAAUCCCCCUUCAAAUCCCCCUCCAAACGCGCCCGCCAAAGCGCCACCUACGCCCCCCCCUCCACCUACGCGCACCUCCCCCUCCUCCCCGACGCCAUCGCGCCCAACCUCCUAGUCCUCUUCAUCGGCCUCAACCCCGGCAUCCAAACCGCCCGGACGGGCCACGCCUACGCACACCCGUCCAACCGCUUCUGGCACCUCCUCCACUCCUCGGGGGUCACCCCGCGGCGCUGCUCCCCGACCGAGGACCGCCGCAUGCCGGCGCUGUACUCGCUGGGCCUGACCAACAUCGUGGCGCGGCCCAGCCGCAACGGGGCGGAACUGAGCCGCGCCGAGAUGGAUGCCGGCGUGGCGAUUCUAGAGGCCAAGGUCCGCCGCUGGCGGCCCGAGGCGGUGUGCGUGGUGGGCAAGAGUAUCUGGGAGAGUCUUUGGCGGGUGCGGCAUGGGCGGGGGAUUAAGCCCGCGGAGUUUCGGUAUGGCUGGCAGGGGCCGGAGGAGAAUAUGGGGGUUUUGGGGGAGGGGGUGGUGGUGCAGGCGGAGGAGGAGGUUGAGGAGGGGGUGGUGUAUAGUCCGGAUUGGAAGGGGGCGAGGUUGUUUGUGGCUUCGAGCACGAGCGGGUUGGCGGCUACGCUGUCGGCGAAGCAGAAGGAGGAGAUUUGGAAGCAGUUGGGGGAUUGGGUGGUGGAGAGGAGGGUGGACAGGGCUGCUGCUGCAGGUAGUGGUGUCGGCGGUGCUGCCGCUGCCACGUCCGCUGCGACUCCCCCAAGGGUUGGUGAAGUGGACUGCGAGCCGACUCCAGAAAGGAGGUGAAGUGGACUGCGAGCCGACUCCAGAAAGGAGGUGAAGUGUGGGUGUACUGCGAGUUUUCACAAUACGAACGUGGUUCAAG